AUGUUAAUGAUAGUAUCGAUGCUGGUUAUUAGUGCUUUUAAUGGAAGUAGAGGCAACUAUUUUGGGGAUCUCUUCAAGUGCAAUGAUCUGCUCCUAAAGUGUCAGAAAACUGAAACAGAAAUGGGAAGGUUCAACAAUAUUGCACAAGAGUUAAAUCGAAAUUGCAGUCAAGAAAUAGGCUCCAAAUGGAGUAAUAUCACCCGCUGUGAAUUGAAAGCUGCAAAGUGUCUAUUAACACAGAUGAAUGGAAUAGAUCCGAGUUGUGAAAACAUUGCUGAUAUUAUGCACUUGUGA